UUUAAUGAAAUGAGCGUAGCAGGUAUAAUAGCUAAAGAUGGCGAACCCAAUGAAUACGUCGUCGGAGAGAAAUUUCGAGUUUGCCUUAAUACCAAGGUCACCUAUAUCUCGCGUUAUUACCGUCAUGUGUUCGUGCUCGAUCUUAGUCCUUCGACCAUAGUCGCGGAUGAAGAAAGCAACUGCUGUCUUCACACAAAACUUCUAGAAUGCCUCCGACUUAGUUUGGCUUCUGUUGGCAAAAGCUUUACUAUUCCUGGGACGCGACGUACUUUCUGCCCACAGAUCUAUGUCAGCGUCUGCGUUUUCAUUCCUUUUCUUGCUUUUGAGCAGGAUCUGGUACUAGUCCAAGGCAUGCUACUAACCGAAAGCAGUAUCAACAUCAUUCUUGAUACUGUUACGGAGAAGUUUAACAAAUUGCUCAAUAGUUUGUAUGAUUACUCAAAAGCUAUCCUGCAGAAAUGGGGUGGAUUGAAACGACGACACAGGAAUAAGUUCGAUUCUGCAUGUGGUGAUAUUGAAUGCAUUGGAGAAUAUGAGACUACACGGACGUUGUCUAUCUGUAACGACGGAUCACCCAGUAAGAGUGCUCCGACACAUCCCCGUAACAUUAUGGAUUACGCAAAGGGUGACGAGAGCAACACUAGAAAUCCACUCUGCGAUGGAUAUAUUCAUCCAGAAUGGGCACUUAUUUUCAUGCUGCGAUUAGGUCUCAUCGCAGUACAGAUGAUGCAUGAGAAUACGCAGUCCAACAUUAUUGUGAUCACGGAUGCUGUAUGCGGUAUGCCGGACGCACAUGCAUUGCAGCAGUUGUUGAGUCAAUUGAGGAGUUACACCGUGUCGUGUUCUUUCAUUCAGCUUCAAGGGAGAUCUCGCAGUGAAGCCUGUUUCGGUCAUGUGGCUUCAUGUGAGCUCUUUCAUUUUCUCGCAAUGGCCACAUUUGGGGCUUACAUACCCAACUGUCGAUGCUCUAUUGUGGACGAACAAGAGUUCAAGCCUUACAGGGCGCUUCUUUGCUGGUGCUUUCAGAAUGCUCUACAAGAUAAUGUUCACAUAACGAAUCUUGUGAACGAAAUAAAUCCAGACUCAGCAUUUAGCGAUGUUGUGAGGCAUCGAUAUAUUCGUUCGAUCUAUCGAAGCGGAUUACAUGAGAUACUCUACAUCAGAUUAAGAGAAGGAUUCACGCUGAGGCAAGUGAAAUUGUGCCAAAAUGAUACCAAAAUCACGAUAGUUCUUAGUAUGCCAUUCCGUCCAUUGGUUUUCAUUGACUACACUAUCAUCGCAAAUUGGCCUUCUGACAAGAUGAAGAGGGAAGAUGUAACAAUAGAUUUGGUCAUACAAGCUCCAUAUCAUGAACUCAAAGAUCUGCUAUCCGAAGGUCAAUUUCCCAAUGCUGUAAGACAAAAACUUGUUCGUUCUUUACGAAAUCUUAUUGAUGAUAUAUUGGAAGCUGACCGUGUCUUACUGCACAUCCAUGCCUUUAACACGGAUCCUGUUUACUAUCGCAUUCCUAUUGGCGUGUCGAAUAAGAUACCAAUUUUUACGGUUGAAGAUCGAACUAAGGAUAGUUUUGUUAUUCAAACUUUUAGGGUGCAACAAGAAAGCGCAAAGACGUUUGUGGGUUUUUGGAGUUCGUUAUGUCAGUUGAGCGAGAAAUCUUGGCAGAAAUGGGUUCAUAUGCAUGCUGAGCGAAUAGUGUUGAAGAGCUCAAAUCUGCCGUUCAACAUGUUCAAAGCGAAAAAUGGCGUUAAAAUUGACUGUCAUGCUGCUGAAGAGAAACUUCAUGAAAUUUUGCGAGAACAGAGUACGUUCUGCCUUGUGCAGCGCCAGACCUACAUCACUUUUGUCUACGAGAAGGAUAGCGAUGUUCCACUGUAUUUUUAUAUGGUGAAGGUGACUCUAGAGCCCCCUACGCUAAUUCUGCGCACUGCCUUUUUAGGUGGUAUCAGUAGCACGGAACGGAAGAAUAUAGUGGAUGCAUUUCGUCGGCGAUUGUUGGAUCUGCACCUCAUUAAAGCCUUGUCAUUAAUUCGAAGACCAUUGGAGCGCAUCAUGAUAAGAUACAGGUCAAUUCCAAAAGAUCUACAGACUAUUGUCAGAGUCAGAGAGGACGAGUCGAUGGAGGAUCCAAAGCUUUUAAUACUACACAAUGCUAUAAGCAAGUACCUGGAGUGCAGGUGGGCUUCAGGGCCAGUCAGCUGUUUCCUAAUUUUCUAUACCGAGUAUAUACUGAGCGUGCUAAUGCAGCGACGGCUCCAAGAGGGUUUUCGUGUAGCUUGGACUCACGAAGGCAUCGUCGGCUUUUGUCGACAGGUGAUUAACGCUGUUUCCGUGUUUGAGGACUGUAAUUGCGCUCCAGAUGGGGAGUUGCAUAAGAAAGAUUGUCCUCAUCGCUCUAAGGUCAGUGGCAUAUAUGAAUUCGGGUUGAACUGUCUUCCUUAA